AUGUCCCCACAAUGGGAAACCGCCAAAAACUGCCACCGAGCAUUAACCCUCCUAUCUCGAAACAUUCAACACUCAAGCACGGUCCCAACCUUACACAGACCCUCCGAACCCCCUCUGUCAAGAACCAGACCGGAGGACGAUAACGACUUCGACACGCGCAAGAAACGCCGCCUAAAUUCCCAUCCCGUCACGAGGACUUCUCGACUAGGGUCUUCGAGCUUCGAGAUGACCCUUGAUGGAACGGUGCAUCCUAGUGAUAAUGACGAGGAUACUAAUGACCCGGGUUUGGGUGUCCAGAAUAUGUCGUACUCUAAUGACAUCCAAGUGUCGAAUAAUCCGUCAGAACUGGUACAGGGUGGGACUAGGUUGCUAUUGUCUCCUGAUACCAUUCAGAGUCCCGAGGACCGGCUUUUCUUUUCGGAGGGUGGUUCGCACAGUAUGAUGGAUUUUGAUUUAAAUAUGGUUGAUUUGUUGCAGGGGGCGAACUUUGAUAAUUUGUUUGACAUGUUUGGGCAGCAGUAUCCGAGUUUCUGA